CAAUUUGUGUCACAGUUAACAAGGUAAAAUGUUAAUGACCAUUCAGGUUGUUAAGAGGAGCUCUGUAACCUCUAACCCGGCCACCUGCUGUACUCUGUAACUCACUUAACUAGUAAUUUAACCUUUACCACUAGUUGUUAUCAUGGGUAGUGUCAAGAUUGGCAUCAUCGGGGGAUCAGGUCUGAACAAACCAGAGUUGUUUGAGGCUUGUAGUGAGAGUGAGGUGCAGACACCUUAUGGCUCGCCCUCAGAUGUAUUACGGGAAGGCAAGAUUAAUGGGGUGCCAUGUGUCUUGCUGGCCAGACAUGGAAGGGAACAUACAAUAAUGCCAACUAAUGUCAACUACCGAGCAAACAUUUGGGCCCUGAAGGAGAGAGGCUGCACACAUGUCAUUGUGUCUACUGCCUGUGGUUCACUACGAGAGCACAUUAAGCCUGGAAAUUUUGUCAUUUUGGACCAGUUUAUUGACAGGACUACAAAACGUGCACAAACUUUUUAUGAUGGUGAGGAAGGACAUCCUCGAGGGAUUUUUCACCUGCCAAUGGAUACUCCUUUCUGCACUGACACACGAAGUAUUCUUGAAAAAUCCUGCAGGGAACUGGGCUAUGAUGUGCAUCCAACAGGUACGGUAGUGACAGUGGAGGGUCCAAGGUUUAGCAGUAAAGCCGAGAGUCAUAUGUUCCGCCUGUGGGGAUGUGAUGUUAUCAACAUGACUACAGCCCCUGAGGUUGUACUUGCUCGAGAGCUUGGGUUAUGCUAUGCAGCAGUUGCUAUGGCAACAGACUAUGAUUGCUGGAAGGAAGGAGAGGAGGCUGUGUCUGUGGAGAAGGUUAUGGCAGUUUUUAAAUUAAAUGUUGAGAAGGCCACCAUGGUACUGAAGAAUGCAGUGGCCAAAAUUGCUGCUGAAGAUUGGACUGAGAGAGUAGCAGCUCUGAAGGAAAGUGUGGAGAGGAACAUUAUGAUCCCAAAGUAAAUUGUUUCUGAAAAGUGCAAGUUAUGUAGUGUUACUCUAUUAGUGUUUAUAAAGUCAGUUAAGUUGGCUAAGGUUUGGAAGUCACAUAGAUUGAAAAUCCACAACAAAAUGAACUUGUACAUGGCACUGGUAAGGUCCGUUCUGGUUUAUGGAAGAGAAUCGUGGUAUGAUAAUGAAACUAUACCCAGACGGUUUCGGGCAUUUAAAAACAAAGCACAUAAGAAAAUACUAUGAAGAUGGCAGGAUCGUGUCAGAAAUGAGAUCUUAUGGGAAAUUGCAAAUGAGUGAUUGAAGAAAGACUAUAAGGUAGUUGGGACACAUUCUUUGUGUUCAUCUUGAGAGAAUAAGAGAAGCUGUUAGGGAACAAGUAGAGGAGGAAGACCGAGAACCACUUGGAUUCAGACUGUGAGGAUGGAGGGCAACUGGGAUGACAUGCAAGAGCUGGUUGGUUGGUGUAAAUACCUGAAGGCCCUUUGUGUUUUAUGGCCUUGGAGGCAUUAAAGGUAGCAAUUUUACUGUUAUAUAAUCAAUGUACAGUUUUAUGAGACCAUUCCAGAACUGUUGAAUAAUAAUUAGUUUGACUUUAUAAAUGCCAAAUUUUUUUUUACAGAAAAGGAUCACUAGUGUUAAACAUACAAAAUUAUUUUAGACCAAAUAAAGACAGUUACAACAUA